GCGAUUCGCUCAUCAGUUUCACGACAUCUGAUGCUCAGUCUGACAUGACUUCACAUUCCUGGGUCUUCUCUAAACAUUGAGCACCUGAAACAUUACCGGCAACGUAAUACCACAAGCCUUGGCCGAUAUUUGGAUCUUCACGACCGAGAACUAGACGGACACCACCCAAACUCUCACCACCAAUCUCACAAUCACCACCCCGGAUCACCUUACCCUACUCUCAAAUCACUAUUCUCAUAUCACCUAGGAAUACAUAAACAAUGGCCGACGUGCGCGCUCUCUUACGCCAACAGCGCGCUGCGCGCAGAAUCGAACACCCACACGCAGCGUACACCGACGCCGGCAAGCUCGUCUGUGUCCUCUGCCGGGAACACAUCAAGACCGAAGCUCUUUGGGACGGUCACAUCCGCAGCACCGGUCACCGUCAACGUCUACAAGUACUCCAACAGCAGCAGCAGCAGCAGCAACAACAGACUGAAGCGCAAGAUGAACCAACCGAUCAGCCUCACAAACGCAAGUUCGAUUCUCAAGAUGACGACGAAGCCACCUCCCCCGUCUCUACAGACGAGACCGACCGCGCAUCCAAGCGCACCCGCCCCAACACCUUAUCCCCAGAACCAGGACCGGCACCGCCAACCUCAGACCCAGCAGAUGCCACGAGGCCACCUAACCUUACCCGGCAACAGUCGUUCACUCCAACAGCCGGCAUCGAGCUCGCCAUCCCUUCGCGGCCAGCAACGCCAGCAGACGCCACCACAACGCCCAAAUCAGCUGGCGGUCCACUACGCCCCUUUUCACAAUUAUCCGAACAACACUCGCAACCACCAACUUCCCAGCCAACCUUCACUCCCGCCCCUUUAACCACCACCACCACCACCACCACCACCUCCGCCCCAGCCCCAACCUCAGCAGACGCCCCACAAGCACCACAAGAACAAGUAGACGACGACCUCUGGGCCUCCUUCGAAGCCGAUCUCCUCGCUCCCCCCAGCAAUAAACCUCCCGCGGCCGCCGCCGCGUUAACAGAGGGAGAGGCCGUGAUCUCAGCUGCACCCGUCUCAGCAGCAGAAGCAGCCUCAGCAGCCGCCAAGUCCCACGACGAAGAGCAAUCCCGCCGCCAAGCGGCCAAGGACGUUGAGAUUGAAGACGAGCGCGAAGAGGCGACGAGGGCGUUGGAGACCGAGUUUGAGGGGAAGACGAGUGCUGCUGCUGCUGCUGUUUUGGCUGCGCUGGGGAAGGAGAAUGCUGCGAGUGGGAUUGCGGCGAAGGGGAAGGUGGUGGAAGAAGAAGAAGAAGAAGAAGAAGAAGAGGAUGAUGAUGAAGAUGAGGACGAGGAUGAUUGGGAUGGGUUUCGGUUUCGGGCUUAGUUUUACGCUUUGAGUUUUCGGGUAGCAAGGGUAAAUGAGGGAACUCGACAUUUACCGAACGGAUUCAUCAGUUCAAUGUUUAAUCAAGACCUUUUAAGUCUACUUCCCGCAUCAUCCUGGGGGUGGUUGCUCGUGAGUCAAAUACGGUUAUUGGGUAGAUUUGAGGAACAUGCAUCCAUCGUCUUUGACACAUGCUAACGGAAAAGACUACAGAUCAGAAAGAAUAAUAAAGCAGC